UCAAAUUUCGCAGAAAUAAAAUACUUUGAGAAAAAAAAUGAACAAUGUCUGGGCAUGACAUUAAGCUAGAAGUAUGUGUGGAUUCUAUCAAAUCCGCGUUUGCUGCAGAGGCUGGAGGAGCCUCCCGGAUAGAGCUAUGUUCAGCUUUGGGUGAAGGCGGACUUACUCCAACAGUUGGCACCCUAAAGACACUUAAGGAGUUGUCUUUUAAUUUACCAAUCUUUUGUAUGCUGAGGCCAAGACGGGGCACAGACUUCGUCUACAGUGAUGAAGAAUUGCACGCCGUUCUCACAGAUAUGAGUAUGCUGCGGGAAAAUGGGGCCGAUGGCUUUGUCUUUGGAGCCCUAAACCCCGAUCGCUCCAUUGAUGCAGAGAAAUGUCGAAUGGUAUUAAGCAAGGCAGAGGGUUUGCCAGUGACAUUUCACCGAGCCUUUGAUCUGACUGAUCCAAAGCGUAUGCACGAGAACGUUGAACUUCUUAAGGAAUUGGGCUUCAAGCGGCUUCUUAGCAGCGGCUUUCGCCCAACAGCGGGUGAAGGAGUGGAAUGUUUGGCUCAGUUGAUAGCCAAGCAUCAUCGGGAUAUUAUUGUGAUCCCUGGAGCUGGUGUUAAGGUAACUAAUCUGGAAGAAAUCCUCACAGUUAGCCGUUGCCGUGAAUUUCAUGCUUCGGCCAUGGAAACGGCUAGCGAGGAUUACAGUGUAUCGACGACCUCUCGCAUGGAAUGUGAUGUCACCAUGGGCAAGCAGGAUAUAGAUCCGUAUUAUGGGACGUGUCAAAACGUUGUACGCAAAAUGGUUACCAUUGCCACAGCCAUGAGCAGUCGAUGAGGACUACGCCCGCUUAGAAUUAAGGCACUUAAAUAAAGACAUUUAAAUUGUAAAAUUUAA